AUCAGUUCGUGUUCCAGUCGUCGCUUUAAUAGAUUUCGAUAUACUACGGAAUAAUAUCACCAGCAAUAAAAAGAAGAUCAUAUCAUAUCAGCCCCAAAAACACCCCAACAUGUUGACCUUGCCCAACAUCGCCGAUCUGCGCCUGCAGCAGCAGAUCGCCCAGGAGAUAUACCGCCAGCAGAUUAUGCAAAGAUUACCUGAUCCCCUGUGCGGAUUACUGCCCAAUUUCGCGGGACACUUUGUGCCCCCGCCGCCACCACCGCAACCCACAUUGCCCGGAGAUGUGGAGGCCAAGCUGGAGAACAACGAACUGUGGCAACAGUUCCACAGCAUCGGCACCGAGAUGAUCAUCACCAAGUGCGGCAGACGCAUGUUCCCCUCGAUGCGGGUAUCCCUCAGCGGAUUGGAGGAGGAGGCCAGCUAUUGCGUGCUCCUCGAGAUGGUGCCCAUCGGCGACUGUCGCUACAAGUUCUCCGGAUCCCAGUGGGUUCCGGCUGGAGGAGCUGAGCCACAGAGCCCUCAACGGAUGUAUCUGCAUCCGGAGAGUCCUGCCACCGGAAAGCACUGGCAGUCCCAAGCCCUGCUCUUCAGCAAGGUGAAACUGACUAACAACACACUGGAUAAUAAUGGACAUAUCGUCCUCGCCAGCAUGCACAAGUAUCAGCCGCGUCUGCAUGUCAUACGCACCUCUGAUCUCGGCCAGAUCCCCUGGGCCCCCCAGCAGGCCUUUGUGUUCCCGGAGACGGAGUUUAUAGCCGUAACGGCUUAUCAGAAUGACCGCAUAACCAAGCUGAAGAUCGACAACAAUCCCUUUGCCAAGGGAUUCCGUGAGUCGGGUCAGUCGAGAUGCAAACGGAAGAUCAAUGACUCGCCACCGCCAUCGCAGGCCGAGGUAACCCAGGUGGAUGCCAGUCCGAUGGCAUCGCCGUUAGCCAAACGGUUGCGUCUGGUGGAGGAAAUUCCUCAGCAUCAUCAGAGUCAUCAGAAUGUUUCUAUGAUGCAGCGUCACUAUCUGCUGGAUACUUUGGAGGCCAAUUUCUAUUUGCCAGCGCCACCGCCGCCGCCGGCCAUCGAAUAUGCCAGGCACAUCGGAGGAUAUCCAAGUUGGGCCUACACCCCGCCAUCGCCGGCCUCCUCCGUCUCCUCCUCGUCAGCGGGCUCCACCAGCGGCGAGUCCGCUGCCGAGCGAGAGGCUGAUGCCGACACCUUUGUGGAUGUGGUUGGAACUGCUCCACCUCCUCCUGCUGCUCCUGCUCCACCUCCAGCUCCAGUUCCAGCAACCUCUCCCAGCGACGCAAUGCCCAAGCCGAAACGCAGCAGCUUCAGCAUCUCGGACAUAUUAGGAACCAGCUCGUCCAUUUAAACCAAGUCCAGUCGGGUGCAUGUGCUCCCAUUUGGGCCUGAAAUCGGUGCCUUGUACAUUUAAUUAGCGUUUAGUUGCCAUCGUCUGCGUAGUGUCUAAGCUGAAUUGUGAUAUUUUGCAGUUAAUUAGGAUUUCCAGGUAU